AUGGUUAAGGCUGUAGAGUUUGUCAGAGUUUACGUUCAUCCCUCUUGUUCUGACCAUUUGGUGUUGCCUCUGGAAUUUGUCAACAUGUUGGAGAAGCCUCUGCCGCAUGAAGCAACUCUGCAUGACCAAACCGGAAGGUCAUGGAUUGUUACCAUCACUACGGGGGACGAGAGAACGGUGUCGGGCCUUUGCAUGAAAGAUGGUUGGCGUGACUUCGCCGGCCAUCACGCUUUGGCGUACGGCGAUUUCCUUCUCUUCGGUUACGAUGGCGAAUCCGACUUCUCCGUGAGUGUGUUUGCCAGCGACGGAUUCAAAAAGCACUCAGGCAUCCCCACAGACUGUUUUAGCCACCCGGUUAAGGAGGAACCAGAUGUAGAACCGGAAAAUGUACCAGACACAUCUAAACCAGACCUGGGAGGAAGAAACAGUUUCGGCACUCCGGUCAUAGGUACGAGUCAGGCACAAACGGGUGAAAUGACUCCGGUUCCUGUGAUUAAAUGUGAAGAGUUUGAACUUGGAGAAGCCGAUUACAUCCUGCUGAAACCCGAGACCUGCGGGUUCACGGGUACCCAUGGGGAUACGGGUGGUAUAAGCAAGGCUUUUCUGAAAGCCCAUGGAAUACAGCUCGAGCCAAAAAUCGAGCUUUGCGAUCAAGAAGGGGAGAAAUGGCCGGUGAAGGUUUAUUCUGCGGGCAGGCACACUUCGUUCACCAGCGGGUGGUCGGAGUUCCGGAAAAGCCACAAGCUGGGGACGAGUAACUCGUGCUUAUUCGAAUUUGUUCUUGGAGUUGGAAAUAAAUGCAAGGCAGUUCACGUUCAGAUCUCUGGUGGGCGUUCUAGAUCUCAUGUGAAGUGCUCCGAUGCAUAG